CCCGCUUGCACCCCAAGCUUUCCAAACCAUCUCUCUCUUCCUUUCUAUAUGUAGAACAAUCAUCAUCGUCAUCGUCCUCGUCGCUUCCAUUCAGCCCUUCAAGCCUACCAGACAGAAAAAGGAUGAAGAGAGAGGGCCGCCAGCACGGCCUCGUGCGGAGCUCCCGGAUCCUGCCUGCGCCCUGGAACCCCAGACCCGACUCUCGAAUCGUCAACCGCGUCGAUUCGCCGCCGACCGCCGGCCUGUUCACCAAGGUCUCGCCGAAGCCCACCAAUCACUCCAAGUUCACUGGCAAGUGCGGCCGCCCCGCCUGCGUUGCCUGCCAUGAGCGCCCGGCUUCCAAGUCCAGGGGCAAGUCCAAGGGCACCCAGCGCCUGCGCUCCUCCGACGUCGGUUCCAACCACAGGCUCGUCACUUGGCGGGUCGUCGAUUCCAAGCCCGGCUUGAAGCUUUCCGGGUUCUCCGCCACUGGGAUCCUGGAUCACUUGGCCGGCGAUUGUUUUCUCGACGACGAUGAGGCAGACGAGGGCUGUGUGGACGAGGUGUACGAGGAGCCUCGUGGACUUGCAUCAGGAGCCGUUGAAAUCAAUGAUCAUGGUGGUGAUGGUGACGGUAAGAGUCGGGAUAAAGAGGAAUACGACUUGGGCUGGGCUCUUGUUUGCGGAGAGAUGGAUGAACAGGAUGGGUGGUGUUUGGUUGGAGAAACAUGAUAUCACGAUAUAAUCAUAAGCUAUCACGUAUUUAAAUUCUAAAUGCAUAAAGUGCUGAUAAGGAAGACCAACAAUUGUUAUGUAUUUACGAUUUGAACAGCGUGUGAUGUAAUAACACCGCUGUGUUGAAUAUUUUCUUCUACUCAUAAACUCA